AAUGGCUUAGCCGAGAGCGGAAAUCACGUGCGUAGCGGCAAGCAGUACUUAACCCCGCCGAACCCGCGCGUUGGAUUGGAUUACUAGGUAGCCACAGCUUUGACACAACCACAUCUGGCGCGCCCCACGCGCUUCGCCGUCAAUUCAAUUGCGCACGCUUCCACCAUACCUCCGCGCCUGCUCCCCCACCAAUCCCUGCGUAUCUUGGCGCUUCCUUGUACGACUUCUGCCCGACCGUUCGCGAAGCUCCCAUCUUCCCGCCGACAUCGUCAUCGCCGAAUGCGACAGCAUCGCGCGACCAGCAAAGCGCCUCCAACAACACCACCACUUAGCGAGCUCGCUGAGCAUGUGAGAAGGGAUGCUGCUCAAGUCACCGAGAAACUUACAUUAUCCCAUCACCGUCACCAAGUUUCUGAAGAAACAGGAUGACAAGGUCGAGAGGUUCGCGCCGCUCUUCUCGUACUUCUACCUCACCACUGUGACAGAAGGUAACGAGUUUGGCGAGGAGUUUCAGGUCGAGAAGAAGUUCCCUGCAGAUUUCCAAUCUGAGACGGAAGGUACUUUGCGCAGAUGGAAAAUAGAGGAGGGCGCAACCAUAACACGGGAAGGCAUUCCGCUCGUGGAUAUCGAAGAAGAAUGUAAUCACGAAGUACAAUGGGGCGGCAUGUGCGCCAAUUGCGGCAAGAAUAUGGACGAAGUGAGCUUCAACACUACUGUGCGCGAUAUUGAGCGCGCCACUAUCGUACGUGCUCACGGCAGCACCGCCCUCAAGAUUAGCGAAGACGUGGCAAUCCGCGCUGAAGAGGAAGCCAAGCGUCGACUUCUUGCGAAUAAAAAACUCUCCUUGGUAGUGGAUUUGGACCAGACCAUUAUUCAUGCAACCGUAGACCCUACUGUAGCAGAGUGGAAGAAAGAUCCGGACAACCCAAAUUACGAUGCGGUCAAAGACGUCGAGUCUUUCCAACUUCUGGAUAACGGUCCAGGCGGUAGGGGCUGCUGGUACUACAUCAAGCUGCGACCAGGCCUGCGGCAGUUCCUGCAAAGAAUCUCAAGGAUCUAUGAGUUGCAUAUUUACACCAUGGGAACGCGAGCCUAUGCACAGAACAUUGCCAAGAUCGUCGAUCCGCAGCGCAAGAUCUUUGGUGAUAGGAUUUUGAGUCGAGAUGAAAGUGGCAGUUUGACUGUCAAGACACUACAUCGCAUAUUCCCGGUGGACACGAAAAUGGUCGUCAUCAUCGAUGACCGAGGCGACGUUUGGAGUUGGAGCCACAACCUGGUCAAGGUAACUCCGUAUGAUUUCUUUGUUGGAAUAGGCGACAUCAAUUCCAGUUUUCUGCCGAAACGACAAGAUAUCAUAUCUCAAGAGCCACCGCCGCGUAAGGCGACGAAGUCAGAACCCCCAAGUCCCGCGGUAGAUAAGGCCGAAAUUGUGUCAGCCGAUGCAGCUGCCGGAGCGUCGCCUUCAAGAGACUCGCAAUCCUUGCCAUCUCUCCAGAUUCCACCGCCAAAGGCCAAUGGUGAAUCGACUUCUCUUGAAGAACAACUUAUGGCAAUGAGUGGAGGAGACAACCCAAAGCUCCUGAAGGAGCAGACGGAUGAGCAAAAUGAGACGAUCGCGACGCAAAUGGAAGAUAAACCAUUGCUUCGGAGACAGGAAAUUCUCGACAAAGUUGAUGAGGCAGCGGCCGACAAAGAAUACAACGGUGAGCUAAGUGAAGACAGUGACGCUCACAAACAACGGCAUAACCUUCUACACGAUGAUGACGAUGAACUCAAAUAUCUCGAAGCGAAUCUGCGGCAUGUACAUGGAACAUUCUAUGAUGAAUAUGAGCGGACAGUCACUGGUGCUCAGGGCGGCCGAAUCGCACAGUUAAGAGGUGGCAAGAGCCCAAAAAAACGUUUAGCGGACGACCUGGACGUUGUACCGGACAUCGGCCAAAUUAUGCCUGCGAUGAAAAGGAGCGUCCUCAAAGGAAUCUCAAUCGUCUUCUCCGGGGUUGUACCACUGGGUACCAACAUUCAAGCUUCAGAAUAUGCAGUCUGGGCGAAAAGUUUCGGUGCGCAGAUAUCUGAGCAGCUUACUAAAAGGACUACCCAUGUAGUUGCGGCCAGGAACCGCCGGACACAGAAGGUCCGGCAGGCAUCUCGUCACCGACACAUCAAAAUCGUAACUCUGGACUGGCUGAAGGAAUGUUUCGUCAAAUGGGUUCGCGUAGAUGAGGGCCCGCAUCUAAUCCACGUGGAGCCGGACGAACAGGGCCACCAGGGCUCCCAAGGCUCUCCGCUCGACGAACUCGAAGAGGGGCCAGUCUUGUCGUCUUCGGAAGAGGAUGGCGCGACUGCAGAUACGGAUACGGAUGAGCUGGGUGAGGGAGAAGAAAGCGCUGCCGAGGACGAAGAGCUGGGCGCAGUGAUGCCUACUUCCCCUGUCGAGGACCAGCAGGUAGUUGGGCUGUCAGCGGAAGACCGAGAUGACGUCUACGACGAGCUGAAGGAGUUCAUGGGCACAGAUGAUAGCGAAAGUGACACGGACGGGUCGCAGACGGACGGUAGCGUACGGAGCACAGCAUCGAAAGCCAGCGGGCGAAAGAAGCGCAAGCGAAACGUCGAGUCGGCAGAAAGCUCCGAGGCAGAUGACAGCGAUGCCAGUGCGGCGGGCGAGGGAGCGACGAAAGUUGGCGGCGGUUCCAAGCUGCAGCGAAGGAAGAAGCGGGCCUUUGAGCGCGUCACCAGCCUGGCGAACGUUUCAACGGCGGGGCAGUCAUCAGGCCUGCCGAGUCCUGACACAACGGGGCCGGAGGAGGGGCGAGGCGACGAGGAGGAGGGGGUGGAGGAGGAGCAGCUAGAUGCACUGGAGGCUGAGCUGUUGGCCGAGUUUGAAAAGGACGAGGCAGAAGAGUAGCAAUGCGGAGCAUAGCGAGGCGUCCGGGUCAGGGCUAUUUCAAGCGGGCAGAAUGCAACGAGUCAUGCAGUGAUCGGCAAGAGGGCGCACCCGUUGACGGACCGUG